AUGAAACAGGCUGCCAUUAGCACUUUUCUUGUUUUGAUUUUAUUACCGAUGGUGGCAUCCUUAGCCUGCUACACUUGUGUCUUGGGUAGCGCCGGCUGUAAUGAUCCAUUUAACUCAACAGGCUCAGGCGUAACUCAGACUACUAGUUGUAUUUUCUCAUGUACGAAAAUAGGAACUGCUGGUAUAAUUUCAAGAUCAUGUGCUCUUUGCGAAGCUACUCCUUGGGUUUUUGGAACUGGAGUAUCUUGCUGUUCAGACAAAGAUUACUGCAAUGGUACCUGGCGAUCCCAUGGUUAUUCAUUCACACUUGCCGGCCUUAUGGCCACAUUUUUGUUUAUACUUAAAAUCGCAUACAUUUAA